GGGAAAUUUAAAUCAAAAGCUUUGAGUUCGGACCUACUUUGAGAUUUGCAGCCGAAGCUAAUAAAGAUUUUAGUUUCAGUUUCUUAGAUUAGGGCUUUUGGAUCUCUCGAGAUAAACAAAAAUGGGUGAAUCAAUCUGUCUUGUGAGAUCUUUCUCGCAACCUGCAGAGUUCUCAGCUCAUGAAACCAACGAGGUGGUUCCUCGUCGUGUUCUUACGGAGUCAGUAUCGUUUGGUAGAUUUGCGAAUGAGACUUUAUCGUGGGAGAAAUGGUCAGCUUUUACUCAGAAUCGUUACUUGGAAGAGGUUGAGAGGUUUACUAAACCUGGUUCUGUUGCUCAGAAGAAAGCUUUUUUUGAAGCUCAUUUCAAGAGCCGAGCUGCUGGGAGAGUAGUAACACAGACGAAGAAGAUCGAAGAAGUAAAGGUUAAUAGAACCAGUGAUGAUGAGAUUGUAUGUGAUGAAGUACCAAAAGAUAUUCUUGUUGAUUCAGAAGUAGUGGUGGGUAAUGGUAUGAGCAUGGAUGAAGUAAGGCAUGGAGAGGUGUCUACUGCUGAGGUUGAUUCUGUUGUUCCAUCCGUUCCUCUAAUUAUUGAUGUUAAAACUGGUGAAGUGGAGAACUUGAAGUCAGUGAUUGUUCCUGAAGACAAUGCUCUGGAUGAGGAGAAUUCUACUUCAUUGAGUAAAGAAAGACGUCCUAGUUCUUCCGGAUCCAAGGCGUGCACUAGAAAAUUGUCAUCCUCAAGUAGUAAAAGGUCAAUUAGUGUAUCCAAGAACCUAAGCAGAUCCCCUCCUGAACCCGUUCACAUGUCUAUCAGCUGUGCUCCUGCUGGUAAUACCGCCAAAACAAUUGUCCAGAUUCAUCAAAACGGUUCUAGAAGCAGUACUAUUGUUAAUGAUAAGGAGAAUUCUACUUUGUUGAGCAAAGAAAGACGUCCUAGCUCUUCCGGAUCGAAGGUCUGCAUUACAAGUUCAAAACUGGAACCUUCAGUUGUUAUUGGACUGAAUCAUUCACUUAAGAACACUAGAAAAGAGUCAUCCUCAAGUAGUACAAGGUCAACUAGUGUAUCGAAGAAGCAGAGCAGAUCACCUCCUGAACCCUUUCACAUGUCUAUCAGCUGUGCUCCUUCUGGUAAUACUGAUAAAAAGAUUGUUGAGAUGCCUCAAAACGGUUGUAGAAGCAGUACUAUUGCUAAGGGUGCAGGGAAAGCAGACAAGAAGAAGAGGUCAGUUCCAAUCUCAGUUCAUAUGUCACUCAACUUUGCGCCUUCUGCCCGUCAGGCGACCAAAACAAUCCCAAAAAAACUGGCAAGAAAGUCCACUACACAGGAAACAACUUCAUCAAAUGCUAGAAACAGUGGUAACGAGCCAACGGGAGUGCCAAAAAGCCGCAAAAGACCAUUGCCUCGAACAUCCAAAGAAGGUUCUAAAACUGCAAAAUGUUCAACCAGUGCUUCUGCUGCCAGGUUACCUGAACUUCCUCCUCCCAAGAACGAGCUAUCAGAAAACAAAAGGAAAAAAUUAUCUGCAGAGAGUUCAUUUUCAUGCAAAGUACCCAACAAUGUGCAAAGACAACCUUCUGUUGGCAGUGAAAAUCUUUCGACUCAUAGCAGAACCAAAUCAAGGUCUGUCACUGUAUCUUCUCCCUUCGUCUUCAGAAGUGAUGAAAGGGCUGAAAGGAGGAAAGAGUUCUUCAAGAAACUACAGGAACAGAACAAGAAAGAGGAUGCUGUAAAGGAGCAAUUGUCAUGUGUCUUCAAGGCAAAUCAAAACACUCACGUAGCAUCUGAAGAACACAAGAAGAACCCGCAAGUUGGUUGUUUUCAGGUACCACUGAUAAGCAUGACUUCACCAAGAUUCUGCAGGAACCAAACUUCAGGAACUGUUCAAACUCCUCAUAAAGCUUCCUCAACGAAAAUAAUUUACACCAAAAAAACAGUCAUGGAAAAGCUCAAAGGCUGCAAGAUUCAUCCCUCCUCCAAAUCGCUGGCAAAGAUCAAAACUCAAGAGAAUUUGUCUCCUAAUGUCUUGUGGCAGUAAGGUACAUACAUCAGAGAUAAACCCAGUUAAUCAUUUCUUCAACAGCUGAUAUGAAACACACUUGACGAUAAUAGUAGAGAUUCAGCUUUUCACGUUGAAGAUUUCGAAAGUUUUGUCCUUUCAGCUCGUAAUCUCAUCUCAAGCUUAUGAUAUAGGUAACUAGCGCUUGAUUCAUCUCGUAAAACACAAGCUUCAAAGAGCUUUGUAGAAUAUGUAGAACUAUGUACUCUUCAUAUAACUAUGUGCUCAAUAUUCUGUAGUGUCAAUCUUGUACCAGUGUUGUAUACAUGGAGAUUUGAAAUAAAGAAAGCUAUUGGUGGUCUAAAAGCUCUCAAUUUUAAUGGUUCUUCCUCAUAGAAAGGAAGAGCAGCAAAGCU